AUGAAGCGAGAUUGCUCCCUGGUCAGAGGUUGGUGUACGAAACUGUCGUCAGUGCCGUUGAAAAACAGGCGGGCGGCAUUCCUCGAUGCUCCUGGAUGUACCGGUAAAUUCUUUGCUAAGAUUCGCCAAGAGGAACAAAUUGCGCUGGCCGUUGUUUCCUUGGGAAUCGCUGCUAAGUUACUUCCGGGAGGUAGGACGGCGAACUCGGCAUCCAAGCUGCCUUUAUAUUUGGUGAGGGCCGAGGUUCCUACUUGCAACAUUGGCAAAAAUUCAGAGGAAGCUGAAGUUCUUAGACAGUGCUGUCUCAUUGUAUGGGACGAAUGCACAAUGACCAAUAUGUGUGCACUUGAGGCACUGGAUCGAUUACUGAAAGGUAUCAGGGAUUCUACAGCUUCUAUGGGUGGUGUAACUCUAUUGAUUUCAGGAGAUUUCCGUCAAACCCUUCCUGUCACCUCUAAAGGGAAUCGGGCUAAUGAAGUGCGCGCAUGCCUUAAGUCGUCUACGUUGUGGCCCCAGGUUAAGACCUUAAGCCUGAGUACAAACAUGCGUGCGCACUUGCUUGGUGAUAGCACGUCUGCAGCUUUUGCUGAAGACAUUUUAGCCCUUGGAGAAGGCAAGGUCCCUAGGAAUGAUAAGGGUGACAUAUCCAUCUCUGAACUGUGCAACACUGUGGACAACCCUUCCGAUCUUUUGGAAACAGUGUUCCUCAAUCUGGAAAGUAACUAUGCAGACAUCAAUUGGCUCAGUGAAAGAACCAUCCUGAAACCCCAAAAUGUAACUGUCAGUGCUAUCAACGACCAGCACAUAAGCCGAAUUCUGGGUGAGGAGCGCGUCUACAAAUCAAUUGACCGGACCCCCAAGACAUUAUCAAUUAUCCUAUCGAGUUUCUCAACACAUUGUAGCCAGCAGGGCUUCAACCUCACAUUCUUAGGCUAA